GCUCGUUAACGGGAGAGGCAGCGGCCGGAGCUCAUUAAGGCGUCCCGGCUCCGUGUCUCUAAGCGCGGUGGCUCCCCGCCGGCAGCGCCGGGGCUAUGGCGGCGGGGAGGCGGCCCGCGCUCGCCGUCCCCCGCCGCGAGGAUGACGUUUUAGAUGAGGCAACAAGGAAAGACCUUUUCACCGACACUUUCUGUAAGGUUUGCGGGGCAGUGCUGCAGUUUGAGUCUCAAAGGAUAUCACACUAUAAGGGCAAAAAACAUGCUCAGAAAGUUCGUCUUUACAUCCAGAUGCAUGGUGAGAAAGAUGAGAGGCGGAAGCAUAGCAAACAGAAGAAAACAGGUUGUAUCAAUUUUCAGAUGGAUGGGAGUGGAAUAGUGGACAAAAACAAAUUCUGCAAUCUCUGCAACAUGUGUUUCACUUCCCCAGUUGUUGCUUUGUCCCACUACAUAGGAAAGAUCCAUGCUAAAAAGCUGAAGCAAUUAUCAGGAUAUCAAGCCCACGUGCCAGCACGGAGCACGCAGCCUGUUUCUGCUUUACAGAACCCAUUGGCUGAGAAGCUCUUAGUGCCUUUAGAAGCUGAAGGGUCUUUGUCAUCCUUCAACACAAGGUUGAUGUUAAAUGAUCCAGACAAGUACUGCAAGCUCUGCUGUGCUCCCUUCAACAGUCCACUUGCGGCCCAACAGCAUUAUGUUGGUAAGAAACACAGAAGAAAUGAAUCACGGAAAAAGAUAUUGGAGCAGCUAGGAGACAAAGUUGUCCCUGCAGAAUCCAGCACAAAGGCAGUUGGGGUUGGUUGUUACAUGUGCUUCAUAUGUAACAUCACACUUACAUCUAUAGAAACGUACCAGGCCCAUGUGCAAGGACAAAAGCACCGGUCUAAAGAAACAAUGCUUGUCAAUCUCAUGAAGAAAUCAGAGAAAAUGUAUAACUCCUCCUUUCAAAAUGAGUUAACAGGCUACGUUAAAGUUCGGAAAGCUAGAGGUCUAGAUCCCAGAAGAUAUUUAGGAAAAGCAGAAGAGGAAGGAUUCCAAGAUAAAAACAUGGAAGGAGGAAAUGACCUUGGUAAGGUUAUAUCUUCAAACUUUAAGUAUGAACAAGGCCAGCGUUCCUGCCUUUUCUCAGAAACCCAGUCACCUACAAAUACUGGGGAAAAUAGAUCACCAAGCUGGCCAUCAGCUUCUGAGCAUGCACUGGAGAAGACACUUAAUUGUUGCUAUAACAAAGGAUACUGUAAAACGGAGCAAACUUCUGAGGUGACUACCAUCAGAGAUGAGAGCUUCAGCCUACUGGUUGCAAAAUCUAAAGAUUACUGCAACUUUAUGCUUGCUUCUACCAGCUCCUGCAGAAAAGAACAGAAAUUUGAGUUAAAACAUUUUGAGGAGGAAAAAUGCAUCAGUGAAAAGCUGAAGUAUGAGAAAAAAGCCACAAAGAAGAAAAGAAAGAAAAGUAAUGAAGAUCCAGAUUUUAGAAAAGAGAAGCAAAAGAGAAUUAAACUUGAGAUAGACAUGUUAAAUGAGAAGAAAUCAAGACCUUAUAUAGGCAAAAGACUUAAAGAAAACCCUACUGAGAAAGAUAGCAAAAAAGAUAAAAAGAAGCUACAGACAGAUGUCAAAAGAGAAGAGAAGCUACUCCAGGAUGAAUCUGUCUUGGGAUAUUGAUAAAAGAUUUUGUUUAGAUUUAAGAAGUUGAUUCUGUUCGUAGACUCACUUAACCAUUUUGUACUAUACUAUCACUGUUCUUUAAAGCAAAGUUUUUGUUCCAGUGUAGAAGCAAGAAAAAGCCUGCCUUCUGAGAUUUUUGGGCAGUAUCUAGGCAGCAAUUUUAAAUCAUCUUACACAUACAGGAGCUAUUGCAGUGACAUGAGUUUGAUAGUCUGUAAUCUCUUCUGGAAUAUACUACAAAUAAGGGUCAGCAAUUUACAGAAUACUGCUGGAAUUUUGCCAAAUUGUACAGCUUCUUUCUAAUAUUAAUGGUGCCUACCAUUGAGGUUUGUGUUAUUCUAGGAAAGUACAUAAAUGCUUCAGUGUUCUAUUAGUGUCUGUAACCCUUUCUCUGACAGAUGUAACAGGAGAAUGUGACAGGCUUUUGAUUCCCGAUCCUGUUUGCUAUUGGGAUUUUUGUGGUUUGUUUUUUUUGUCAUCCAGUUCUGAGUGGAAAAUUAGUAUAUUA